CCUCCUUCUAUCUAAAGUAGUCAUUUCAUCGGGCUGGGAGAUGAGGUAAGGCUAAAGCUCUCAACUAGGGAUUAGCAUAGUGGGAACAAUAAGAGUAAGAUGCUUCAGUUGUGGUACAGACUGCAGGACACUGAGUUAUAGGCAGUGGCUGUCCCACCCCCUUAUCUAUGCCCCCCUCUCUCGCACAUCACUCCUCUGAUCCCCAGGCUCCUAUGCUGCAGCAGAGCUCUCAGAGGCAGUGUAGUGGCAGGUACAGCAGGGUCUAUGUACUGUGCCGCUUCCCAUACACAGCACAGUCUGACUACUGGAACACUAGUGCCCUCCACACACCUCGUGUUGCAUAAACUGUGGCUGCUCCUGUGUCUGCCUCCUGCCACCUGGACCAGGGAAAAAAGCUCAUGUCCGUGCUCCAGAGGUUUGUAUCUUCCCUGAGGACAAAAUUCUUCCUAACCUGAUGCCUGAAAUCAUCCCCCAGCCUGGUCAGUGGAAAGGUUUGGUUUUGUCUCUUCAUUCAUAGUUUUCUGAUACUGAAGAAAGUAUUAAUUUUAAAGAGCAUGGAGAAAACAUACUCCCUUACUGCUCACUAUGAUGAGUUCCAGGAGGUCAAGUAUGUCAGCAAGUACAAUAGCUCCAGCACACUUUCCAAUGGGUUCAACCUCCAAGUCAGUUCCAAAAAACAGACAAAGAAAGUUGUCCCACGAUGGAGCAGACGGGAGACAUGUUUGCUGUCAGGAUUAGUUUUUGCUGUGGGUCUUUGUGUCAUUCUGGGGUGCAUGUUAGUGCUGAAGUACCUAUCUAUGGAGCAGGACGUACAGUGUCUUGAAGGGUGCCAGGAAAGGAAAGCUUUCAUGAGGGCUUCAAAAUUUAUUACUAACAACAUAGAUCCCACAAUAUCACCUUGCACUGACUUCUACUCUUUUGCCUGUGGAGGCUGGCUUAGGAGACAUGGGAUUCCCGAAGACAAGCUUAUCUAUGGAACCAUUGCAGCUAUUGGAGAGCAAAAUGAAGAGAAGCUAGAACACUUACUUUUACAGCCAGUGAGAAGGAAACACAAAGGCUCAGCUGAGAGGAAAGUGAAAGAAUUUUUCAAAUCUUGCCUUAAUAUGAGGGAUAUUGACAGACUGGGAGCCAGGCCAAUGCUACAGGUGAUUGAGGACUGUGGGGGCUGGGAUCUGCCAGAGGACCCAAGAACUCAGUGGGAUUUUAAUGAACUUCUGUACAAGACCCAAGGAGUGUACAGUACUGCAGUCUUCUUCUCAAUGACUGUCAGCCUGGAUGACAAAAAUUCCUCCAGAUACAUCAUCAGGAUUGAUCAGGAUGGCUUGACACUACCUGAGAGAACUCUGUAUCUAGGACAGGACGAGGAGAGCAUUAAGGUCCUGGAAGCCUACAAGGUCUUUAUGCAAACAAUUCUUUCCCUUCUUGGUGUGGAAAAUGUACAAAAAAAGGCAGAGGAGAUUCUUCAUUUGGAGCAGCAUCUUUCCAAUAUCACUAUUUCUGAAUUUGACGACAUGAGACGGGACAUCAGCACCAUGUAUAACAAGGUCACUCUGGCACAGUUACAGCAGAUUACUCCACAUCUGAACUGGAAAAACCUUUUGAACAGAAUAUUUCAUACAAACUUUCCCGAGGAUGAGGAGGUGGUUGUGUUGGCCACGGAUUAUAUGCAAAAGGUAUCGGAAAUGAUACGAUCCACUCCAGCAAGUGUUCUCCACAAUUACAUGCUUUGGCGCAUUGUGGUGGUGUUGAGUGAGCACCUCUCCACUCCCUUCCGAGAUGCUAUUCAUGAACUAUCCAAGGAGAUGGAAGGUUCAGAAAAGCAGGCGGAGCUGACAAAGGUGUGUCUGACUCAAGCCAACAAGCACUUUGGCAUGGCUCUCGGAGCCCUCUUUGUAGAAGAGUAUUUCUCAUCCUCUAGCAAAGCCAAGGUGCAGCAGUUGGUUGAAAACAUUAAGCACAUACUGGAUUACAGGCUAGAGGAAUUAGACUGGAUGGACACAGAGACUAAACAAGCGGCACGGGAAAAGCUUAAGCACAUGAUGGUGAUGAUUGGGUACCCUGAUGUUCUCUUACAACCAGAGUCAAUGGAUAAAGAAUAUGAAUUUGAGGUCAAUGAGAAGACUUAUUUCAAGAACAUUCUAAACAGCAUCAGGUACAGCAUCAAAAUGGCUGUAAGAAGGAUUCGCCAAGAGGUGGAUAAAUCAGCGUGGCUCCUCCCUCCACAAGCCCUGAAUGCUUACUACCUUCCUAACAAAAACCAGAUGGUAUUCCCGGCCGGCAUCUUACAGCCUACGCUCUAUGACCCAGAUUUCCCCCAGUCAUUAAACUAUGGCGGUAUUGGGACAAUUAUUGGACAUGAGCUGACACACGGAUAUGAUGAUUGGGGAGGUCAGUACGAUGCCAACGGAAAUCCCAUUCAGUGGUGGACUGAGGAUUCCUAUAGCAAGUUCCUGAAGAAAGCAGAAUGCAUUGUGGAUCUGUAUGAGAACUUCACUGUUUACAACCAAAGGGUAAAUGGGAGAACAACUUUGGGAGAAAACAUUGCAGACCUAGGUGGUCUUAAACUGGCAUACUAUGCAUACCAGAAAUGGGUGAGGGAUAAUGGUCCUGAGCGGCCACUCCCCCGCCUGAAAUACACUCACGACCAACUAUUUUUCAUUGCAUUUGCGCAGAACUGGUGCAUAAAGCGCAGAUCGCAGUCCAUAUACCUGCAGGUCCUGACAGAUAAACACGCUCCCGAACAUUACAGGGUUAUGGGCAGUGUAUCACAGUUUGAAGAGUUUGGAAGAGUAUUCCACUGCCCAAGAAAUUCUCCUAUGAACCCUGUACACAAGUGCUCCGUGUGGUGAUAUUAUAUGUGCAAGGAAACAGCUCUCCUGCCUUUGACAGCACCUCUCCCCAUGCAGAAUAGUCACAGCUUGUGAAUGCCUUAGGCAAAGAAUGCUUGAGUGUGCCAUUCUCACCCUCUGUGACUGGUUACUGGGCCCUCAACAUCCACAGAACCAUUACAUGGAAUGGAGGAACUGGAAUUUUGUCCUUCAGUUCCCAGAAGUUAGGUGGCUGUGCAUUUCAGAUCUCCAGCAGCAGUAGGUCUGGGCCUUUCAAUUCCUGUGAGAACAAGGGAUAGGGACUUGCACCUUUGGGGACAAAUGAUUGAGAAGUUCAGCAGUGGGCAUCCUUGGACUGUGCUGAUCAUUAGAGACAACUUAAAGGGACCUGCUGGUCUGCAGCUGAUAUAAUGCUAUAUGCAUGAUAUCCCUCAAGUAUCUACUGAAGGAUUCUUCAUACCCUCAAAAGAUGGUUGCCUGGACAUUUCAGAUCCACCAAGUACCAGGCCUGAGCAGUCCAGAGUAGCAGUUGUGUCCUUCAGAAUCUCAAAGGACAUGGGUGGAUACUUUAAAACCUCAGAAUCCUAAAACUAUGCCAUUAGAGAAAAGGAUAACGAACCGUUUGCACCCAGACAGGGAGGCUCUCACACACAGAUACCAAAUAACACUGAGAGAAAUAACAGCUCAACAGCUACAGAGGAAUGAAUGAAUCAAACUUUCCAUCACAUACACAUGCAAUUCCAAGGAACUGGCAGACGAUAAAAGACGGCAUUUGAAUAAUUUAUCCAGUUCGAAACAAUAAGAAGCCCAGUGUAAGGAGUGGGUAGUGGAGUUCUCAUACACUUCAAGCAGGUUACAUGUUUUGUAAAAUGUUUUCGCUGUACCACAAAUGUAUAUUGUACAGCAGAAAAUAAACUCAUUUUGACAGA